AUGCCUCACACCGGAUCAUGUCUCUGCGGCUCUGUUCAGAUCAAGGUCGACUCCACUCAAGAGAAGCAAAUUGCUUGUCAUUGCACCGAUUGUCAAAAGACUUCUGGCUCGGCUCAUUCUACCAACAUUCUUCCUAAAAUCUCAGAAGUCGUGCUCACUGGGGAUGUGCGAGAGUAUAACUCCAAAGCAGCUAGUGGAAAUACCGUAACUCGACUCUUCUGUGGUACUUGCGGCUCAGCUCUCGCUCACAAAUCCAAGGCUUUUGGUGAUGCGAUGGCAGUUCAAACCGGAAACCUCCCUGACUUCCGAACGAUUCCUUUCGCCGCUGAGCUGUUCGUCAAAGAUAGAUGGACAGGUCUUCCCCCUAUUCCUGAGGCCGAUCAAGCUCAAACCAUGCCUGAUGCUUAG